AUGAUGUCUCUCUCUUCUCCCAAGGUUCAGGAGAACUCUCCAGGACACCGGGCAGGACUGGAGCCUUUCUUUGACUUCAUCGUCUCCAUCAACAAUGAAAGACUGGUAAGCAUAGACAUGCUGUUGAAUAAACAUGUUCAACACACACUGACUAUAGGCACAUACACAAACCCCCACUGACGGUGAGGAUGCUGGUGUAAAGUAUAUAGCUGAAAUGCAGGGAUGGGAAACUUUGAUGGGGGUGGGGGCCACAAAAAAAAAAAAACGGAACUCAUCAUGAGGUGCCGCAGUGGCUCGUGUGUCUGUGUACCCUCAUCCAUACCCCCCCACCUUGUGAGCAACACAUUUUAGCGGCCCCCUUGUGACAGCAAAGAGAAAAAAAGUACAUUUUAAAGUUCAUUUCCUGCAAUUCUACACAUUUUGUCAAGGGGCGGAGAGAAGAUUUUGAAAUUUCAUAACUCAUUUCCUGCAAUUCUACAUAUUUUGCCAUAGGGUGGAGGCAAAUGUCAGCAGUUUUUAAUAUGAUAACUGAUGAUCAAUUGGCCCCACCCCGGUCGGUAAUUCGACCAUGCUUACUACAAGUUUAGAUAGCUGGCCGCUAGACUAAUUUACCAAUCCAAAAAAUAAUAUGUUUUUGACAUGGACUGCUGAUGCACAACCAAAUUUCUAAAUUGCACCUUGUGUAUUGUAUUAUUCUAACUCUCAACAGUAAGUUGAGACCCUGACUGAGUCCCCCGUCCCCCCGCGGGCCUAUAAAAGGGAGGGGGCCGCCAGUUGCUCAUCCCUGCUCUAAUGGAUGUCCGUGCUACUCAUUCUAAUUCUAUAAUUUAUCCUAUCUCUGUUUCAGAACAAGGACAAUGACACCCUGAAGGACCUACUGAAGGCCAGUGUGGAGAAGCCGGUCAGGAUGCUGGUCUACUCCUCUAAGACCCUGGAGCUCAGGGAGUCCACCGUCACCCCUAGCAACCUCUGGGGCGGCCAGGGCCUACUGGGAGUCUCCAUACGCUUCUGCAGCUUUGAGGGAGCCAAUGAGAACAUCUGGCACGUGCUGGUGAGUAGCCAGUAGCCGAAAGGUUUGCCCAAUUUAGCUCACCCCUGUGUACCAGGCAGGUGUAACUCUUGGUAUCAGGUGAUUAUCCAAGGUUCUCUCUCUUUCUCAGGAGGUGGAGCCGAACUCUCCGGCAGCCCUGGCUGGCUUGCGGCCUCACACUGAUUACAUCAUAGGAGCCGACACCGUUAUGAACGAGGUGCGUAUAGUGACAAAACUACACCACGCAUUCUACUCUAGGAGUAAAGACGGCGAGCGUCACAAACUAGCCAAUAAGCAUUUGGAUAUAAGUCAUUGAAGGUGAUCGCUAUCUCUUCCUCCCUUCCACCUCUCAGUCGGAGGACCUGUUUUCUCUGAUAGAGACCCAUGAGGGGAAGGGGCUGAAGCUGUAUGUCUAUAACACAGACACAGACAACUGCAGAGAGGUGGUCAUCACCCCCAACAGCGCCUGGGGAGGGGAGGGCAGGUAACCAACGUACAAUACACAGCACACACACACAUCUCAGUCUGAAUAGUGACAUCAUCUCCUGUUCCCCUGUUCCAGUCUGGGAUGUGGGAUAGGAUACGGAUACCUGCACAGAAUUCCCACCCGACCAUUUGAAGAGGGGAAGAAGAUCAGUUUUCCAGAUCAUAUUCCCAGUGGUGAGCCCAUCAGGCCGCUCAAGGACGGAUUCACUCAGGUAAGUAUCAACCCAGAACUCGACCAAAACAGACCCCAGAAUCAGAACAACUAGAACUGCCUGGACAAUCAGUCACUUUAUUUUUUUUUGCAAUCCUUUUGCAAUAACAUCAUAUAUUGGACCUAGAGGGCUGAAAUGACCAGACCACUGUAGCUUUAGUCUCAGCCUCAUAAUACUAUUCCAUCGAUUGAAGUAUCCUCUACUUAUUUGCAUGUUUUCCCCACUCUUGGUUCAAUGCUUCCCCUCCACCCCCUCAUCAGGGAAGGUUAUGAGCUAUGAGAGGCUCAUUAUGUAAGAUGACUGUCCCUCCCAGUGCCGACAGGCAUGUCAGAGAGGAAAGGUGUUUAUUAGAAUUAAUAAUUACUUGUUUAAAUGCACUUGACCUUACCUGUUCAUCAACUGCCCCUCUCUCAUAUUUCUCUAUUCCGCCCUCAUUCUCAUCUCUCUUUUUUUUCUGUCUGUCUUAUUUCUUUCCCCUGCUCAGGUUCAGCUGUCAGCUGUAACCCCACCGCCUGCCGUGCCUUCUGUCCCCACGGGGCUCGAGGAUUCACUGUCCGGCCUGUCAAUCAGCUCAGCCCCGCCCACUAUCCCCAGCGAGUUUCGGACAGGUACCUCAUCUCUCUGAAUCUUUUGCUCUCUCACAACAUAAUAUGGUAUCAAAGUGUUAUGAAAUGGAAUGUGGCACCAGGGUUAAACUAAUCAUUUUUCACAUUGCUCCAGAUGGCCUCCCUGCUCCUAUCAAACUCCCAUUGGAAAUUAAUGAUCUCAGUCAAUGCUACGGAUGGUCAAAAAUAUCCUCUCUCCCUAUGCAUUUUUGUGCUGACAGCCAGGGUUGAGGUCAAUUCCAUUUCAAUUCAGAAAGUAAACCCAAUUCUAAUUCCCAAUUUUCCUCAUUGAAAAGCAUUGAAGAGAAUUGGAGUUUCAGUGUUCGGAAUUCACUGGAAUUUAAAUGGAAUUGACCCCAACCCUGCUGACGGCUCCUCUCGCUUUCUCUCGCUCUCUUUCUCUCCCUCUCUUUCCCAGGUCUCCCCACCGUUCCCCUGCUGCCCACCUCCAUCAGCGCCUCCCUGAGCCCCCUAAACCCUGCCACCACGACCUUCAACCCCGCCACCACGCUACCAGGUCAGCACACGUUUCUCUUCAGAAUGUUGUUUUAUGAUCAAAUUGAAACUAUCAAAUCAUACACUUUUCUACACUGACAAAAUAUAUGUUUAUUUGUGUGCUAUUGUAGGUCUGAUGCCUCUCCCGGGCAGCCUCUCCACACUUCCAAACCUCACCAACCUCAACCUCGGCGCACUACCAGGCCUCAGCGCUGUGUCGUUAGCAGGUAUUAGUGGGCUACCGCCACCUGGAACAGCAGGUUUAUACUACCAGCAGCUAAUGUUAGCAGCUAUUGUUAAGUGGGUUACCGCCCCCAGGGGUUAACAUGAUGUAUUAGUGUACAUAUUCCUGUGUUCAUUUACAGAUCUCCCCCUUCCAUUGCAGGUUUCCCUCCACUCGCCCCCCUCCCUCCUCUGAACCUGCCCGGUCUCGCCCCCCUCCUCCCCAUGCCCGCCAUGCUGCCCCAGCUACCCCUCCUGCCCCCAGGGGUAACAUCUUUUCCCCCGGUCGACCUCUCCUCCCUCACCCUUCCAACAGUCGCCCCAGCUCCAGAGAAGCAGACCCUCCCUGAUGCCACAUCUACUACCACAGUUCCCUCUACUGCCAAGGGCAGCAACAAUAUCACCGCCACAGAACUGCCCCCACGGGCGGAAACCGCCCCCACGGAAUUACAGCCUUCCACGGAGAUGACGACGACGUCGUCGUAACACAGGAAGAGUCUCAGACCCAGAACCAAACCUACCAGUUUCUCUCUCUGUCUCAUUCUCUCUCUUUCUCCCUCUCAUAUUUAUUUAGCCAGGAG